UACAAUGCAUCAAUAUUUCGCAACCACUAAUCAGUCACGUCUUCACCGGCUCAAUGAGAAAAUUAAAUAAGUGUUGUAUCUAAUCAAUUGCUGUUCAGUAGCUUCUUAACUGAAAAUGUUCAACUAUUCUCGACUGGUGGCACCUUUGUUCCGGAUAGCUAAAAGCUACCCGAAUCUAGUUACUAAAAGUUUAGCUCCAUGUCGAACAUUUGUAAAUUCCAAAACAACUAUCCCCAAAUGGUCCAUCCUACAAAAGGCAAACAUUACCUUAACUGGUCGAAUUGUGCAGACAACCGUGACCCGGUAUUGCACAAAACCGGAGGUAACUGAAAAGGGUCGUAAAGCCGUUGGUUACUGGCUUCUGGGAUGUAGCGGAAUGGUAUUCGUAGCGGUUGUGCUAGGUGGAGUGACACGUCUUACAGAGUCCGGUUUGUCGAUGGUUACCUGGAAGUUGUUGGGUGAGAAAAUGCCUCGAACACAGCAAGAGUGGGAGGAAGAAUUUGAGCGCUACAAACAGUUUCCUGAGUUUAAGAUCAAAAACAAAGACAUAACCCUCGGUGAGUUCAAAAUAAUAUGGCAUAUGGAAUUCGGUCAUCGAAUGUGGGGUCGACUGCUUGGAGCUGUUUAUGCAUUGCCAGCGGUGUACUUCUGGUCCAGAGGGUAUUUGGAUCGAGGAAUGAAAAUUCGUACCCUAAUGUUCGGUGCCCUAAUAGGGGCCCAAGGUUUGCUAGGUUGGUACAUGGUAAAGUCCGGCCUGGAAGAUCGAUUCCACCAUGAGAGCGACGUCCCACGUGUAUCUCAGUAUCGUUUAGCAUCACACCUAGGGCUUGCAUUUGUGCUAUAUUCGUUAUUAUUGUGGUCAGCAUUAGACAAGCUUCUUCCAGCACAGAAAUUGGUAGGCCAAAUUCCGGCAGCCACUUUCCGAUUCAAACGGCUAGUCCAUGCGAAUAAAGCAGCAGUAUUCAUCACCGCCCUAUCCGGAGCAUUUGUAGCUGGUCUGGAUGCUGGAUUAAUUUACAAUUCAUUUCCCAAAAUGGCCGAUCGAUGGAUCCCCAGUGACAUUCUGGCGUUGUCUCCCACUCUGCGAAAUUUCACCGAGAACCCCACAACGGUGCAGUUCGAUCAUCGAGUUCUCGGCACCGCAACACUGACGCUCAUAACGGGAAUGUUCGUGCUAUCGAGAAGACGCGUUUUGCCUCCAAGAGCCUACACGGCGGCCACCGCUGUUGCUGUGAUGGGCUGGACACAAGUGUUACUGGGAAUCACGACGCUUUUGACAUACGUUCCCGUCCCGCUAGCCGCCAGCCACCAGUCCGGUUCGUUGUUGCUUUUAUCGUUAGCCAUUUGGCUAUCGCACGAAAUGAAACAUUUGAAACGAUUACCCAAGUAGAAUUAAGGUAAAACAAUGAAGAAUAAGAGCUGACAAAAGAUUGUUUCUUUGAGAGAUCAAAUUUGUCCAUUUAAUAUGUAGUAAUAAAUAAAGUUCAUCAGAUUUGAAUACAAA